AUUCCUAGCAGGACGCUUGCUGUCUUCACACAGUACAGACAGCAACGGCUCGUUUGGACUGAAUAAAGUCUGCAUUACUGAUGUGUAGCUCUAAAGCCAGUCUUAACUGCUUGCAUGAGCUGUAUGCAUCUAAGAAAAUACAUGGAAAGUGUCUUGUAGGAUGUUGGGGUAUAUCUGGCAGUGUUUCUAUUCCUCAUGUCUGCGCUUCUGGUUGAAAUGGUUCCUCCGGCUGGUCACAGGGAGAUGCGAGCUGCAGCGUAUUUGUGCCCAAUGCAAAGCUGGAGCGCUGAGGACAGCACAGAUAGAGUAUUCCCUGAAAUCCUCUAAAAGCAGGGUAUUGCGAGCAGCUUUAUCUUUGAAGGAGAAUGAUUUGGACGACCAUCUGGCUCAAAUAAUCCAGGAGAAGAGAAUCAAGGAGCAGAAAGAUCCUACGUUUAAGGUGAAUCUCCGUCAGUGUUUGUUACAAAUCAACGGAUAUGAUGAGUUGUUUGAGGCGGUCGAGGAACUGAGAAAACAGGUGUUUGACUCAGAAAAUGAAGAACACAAGAACAUGCUUCUGAAGUUGUGGGAUCUGUUAAUGCCGUCAGUGAAGCUGGAAUCGAGGGUCACUAAGCAGUGGGGAAACAUUGGUUUCCAGGGCGACGAUCCCAAGACUGAUUUCAGAGGGAUGGGGAUGCUGGGACUCACAAACCUCCUUUUUUUCAGUGAGAAUUACACAGACGCAGCCCGGCAGGUCCUGUCACACGCCAAUCACCCCACACUAGGGUACUCGUAUGCCAUAGUAGGCAUCAAUCUAACAGAGAUGGCAUACAGCUUAAUGAAGAGUGACGCUCUGAAGCCUCAUUUCUACAACACAGUCUCUGGAAAACCACAAAUGCAGCACUUCCAUCAUUUCUACUGUUACCUGGCGUAUGAGUUUGAUAAGUUCUGGUUGGAAGAGGAGCCGGAGAGCAUCAUGGAGUUCAAUCGCUACAGGGAGAAGUUCCAUGACAAGGUCAAAGGUCAGCUUCAGAUGCCUGAGGUCACGCUCAUCAUGACCGUGGACCAAGAGAAGUGAUUCCAGCAUUCCAGCAUCAUUUCACAGACAAAAGGAAACCGCAAUGGUUGAUUUUCUUUUCUUUUCUUUUCUUUUUCCAUUGACUUCAUGAUAGUUUUUAGUUGGGAAAUGUACAACGUGCAUGAAACUUUAUUUGAAUAUUAAUUUAAACAACUGUAUAAACUGUACAUCAAGAGUACAUAGCUGGUUGUUUAGCUACAUUGACCUGGUCGGGGGAAAAGACUUACACAGUUAAGUAUUACUAAUAAUACUUUCAAAGUGAUGUUUUGAACUCUCCAAUGAACAGAUUGGAAUCCCCUUCACACUUGAACGUUUUGGUCGUGGUCACGUGACUCCUGCUUCUUCAUGUUUACCCAUCUCAGGAAGUUGACGUUUAUGUUCGGAAGAUGUUAGGAAGUUGUUUAUUCUUCUGUAUGCAGAUGAUUCAACCUCUUUGCAUGUUAAAGUGUGUUUAAGUUGUAUUAAACCCAGCACCCGUCAUCGUCUGCACAAUUCUUUGAUGUGGCCUAUAACGAGUAUUUAAUAACUAAUCUGUUUUGUGAAUAUUGUUAUUCAGACCUCAACUCAAUUCCAAAGUACAGCAUUUGUAUGGACAAAUGUCGAUGUGACACUGUGUCGUUGUCUUAUUUAUAAACAGUGUUUGGUUUUGAAGAUGUAACUUUUUAUUCCUGAUGACCUGAUUAAUUUUAUAGUGUUGGAUUCAUACCUAAUGUUGAAGAAUAAAAUUAGUGACUGAAUAUUCAAAUACAAUGUUU